AGGAUCCCCCCUCUUUCUCUCUCUGCUCCCCGUCACUUCCCUCCCCCGGUUGGAUGCUCGGCUGUUUCUUCUCACUUCUUAAUGUUUACUCGGACUUGUAGCUUCUUUGACACCGAGAUUCGUUAGAAACCGGAACCGAACCGAACCGAACCGUUUUGUCCUCGGUUCGGUUAUGAACUGAGCUCCCUCCGACCCGGCAGCUGUUGGCCGACUUUAGGACCAUGCAGGCUUUGAGCUCCUCUGCAGCCCUGCAGCUUUUUGGCUUCCUGAUUGGACUGAGCAGCUCCCUGGACCCCAGAGACCCCAACGCCUGCAGCCUGUGGGAGAGCUACACCACCUCGGUGAAGGAGUCCUACUCUCACCCCUACGACCAUGUGACGGAGGAGCCGUGCUCGGACCCCCGGACGUCUUACAGAUGCUCCCGUCACAGGAUCACCUAUAAGACGGCGUACAGGCAGGCGGUGAAGACCGAGCACCGCAGGCGGUACCACUGCUGUCCAGGCUACUAUGAGAGCGGAGGCCGAUGUGUUCCUCACUGCAGUAAGGAGUGCGUCCACGGCCGCUGCGUCGCUCCCAACCGCUGCCAGUGUGAGAGAGGAUGGCGAGGCGACGACUGCUCCAGCUCCUGCGACGACAGACGCUGGGGUCCAGACUGCCAGAAGGAGUGUAAGUGUCAGAACGGCGCGCUCUGCGACCCGGUCAGGGGCGUCUGCCAGUGUCCGCCCGGCUUCAUCGGACGCCUCUGCGAGGACUCGUGUCCGGCCGGGACCUUUGGGAAGGGCUGCCAGCAGAGGUGCAAGUGUGGCAACGGAGGAUCCUGCAACAAAGCAACAGGGGAAUGCAGCUGUCAGAAGGGAUUCACCGGGACUUUCUGUGCGAAGACGUGUAAAGGCUCCUGCCAGCCCAGAUGCCCCUGCCAGAACGAGGGCCGCUGCAAGGGCAACGGGGUCUGCGCCUGUCUGGCUGGGUGGACGGGUUCGAUCUGCACGGAACAAUGUCCAGAGGGAAGGUUUGGGAAAAACUGCUCCGAGGAGUGUGUUUGCCACAACGGCGCUAAAUGUGACCCUUUAACUGGACGCUGCCAGUGUAGAGAGGGUUUCACUGGCAACAGGUGUAACGAGGAGUGCACCGCAGGUACCUAUGGCCAGGACUGUAAAGGUGUGUGCAACUGUGCAAACGGCGCGCGCUGCUUCAACAUCGACGGCAGCUGUUUCUGUGAGCCCGGAUUCAGCGGGCCGCAGUGCAGGAACCGGAUGUGUGGACCUGGGAACUACGGCAUGCACUGCGAACACAAAUGUCUCUGUGAGGAGAAACACACUCUGAGCUGCCACCCCAUGAAAGGCGAAUGCACGUGCCAGCCGGGCUGGGCGGGUCUGUUCUGCAACGAGACGUGUCCUCACGGUUUCUACGGCGACGGCUGCAUGGAGCCGUGUCUGUGUGUGAACGGAGGCGUGUGCGACAGCGCCACGGGACGAUGCCACUGCUCCCCCGGAUUCACGGGCGUUCACUGCGAGACUCCCUGUAAAAGCGGCACCUACGGGAAGAACUGCUCGCUGGAAUGCUCCUGCGAAAACUUUAUCGACUGCUCACCGGUUGACGGCGCGUGCUUCUGCAAAGAGGGCUGGCAAGGGCCAGACUGCUCCGUCCCCUGCGCUGACGGCACCUGGGGCCCUGGGUGCAACGCCACCUGUCGCUGCACCAACGGGGCCAAAUGUGACCCGGCAGACGGAUCGUGCAAAUGCUCAGCUGGAUGGCAGGGGGCGCUGUGUGACCAGCCAUGUGGGAUGGGCUCGUUCGGGCCGGGCUGCCUGAAGAGGUGCGACUGUAUCCACGGCAGCGGUUGCCAGGCGACCAGCGGAGAGUGCCACUGUCUGCCAGGUUGGACGGGGCCGCACUGCAGUGAUCCGUGUCCCGAGGGCCUGUGGGGCCCAAACUGCAACCGCUCCUGCUCGGACCACUGUCCCAACAGCGACACGUGUCUGAGGAAAACCGGGGAGUGUGUGUGCCGGCCCGGAUACUGGGGCGCCGCCUGCCAGAACAAUUCGUCUGAGCGGGUGGGCAGCGUCAUGGUCCCCCUGCCCCCGGGGGAGAGGGAGUCGUGGGGCGCCAUCGGCGGCAUCGUGGUGCUGGUCCUGCUGGUGGUGAUGCUGCUGGCUCUGCUGCUGCUCUACCGGCGCCGGCAGAAGGACAAGCAGAACAACACGCCCACCGUCUCCUUCUCCACCAGCCGCACCGUCAACUCCGAAUACGCCGUCCCAGAUGUUCCCCACAGCUACCAUCAUUACUACUCCAACCCCAGCUACCACACGCUGAGCCAGAACCGGCCGCCGCUGCCGCACCUCCCCAACAACCACGACCGCGUCAUCAAGAACACCAACAACCAGCUGUUCUGCAGCGUGAAGAACGCGGCCAGGGAGCGGCGCGGCCUGUUCGGGGUCGAGACCAACGCCACUCUGCCUGCGGACUGGAAGCAUCACGAGAGCCGCAAGGGUUCAGGAGCGUUUGGCAUCGACCGGAGCUACAGCUACAGCGCCAGCCUCGGAAAAUAUUACAACAAAGAGCUGAAGGACUUGGUGGCGGCGAGCAGCAGCUCUCUGAACAGCGAGAACCCGUACGCCACCAUCAAGGACCUGCCCGGCCCGCCGUUCUGCCCCCCGGAGAGCAGCUACAUGGAGAUGAAGGCGGCCGUGCCGCGAGAGCGAGCGUACACCGAGAUCAGCCCGCCGCCGUUCAGCAUGGCCACGCUGCGCAGAGAGCGGCAGAGCUCCCUGGGUCACGCCCCUCAUGACGACCCCCAGAGCCACUACGACCUCCCCGUGAACAGCCACAUCCCGGGACACUACGACCUGCCUCCGGUGCGCCGGCCGCCCUCCCCGCGGCCCGCCCCGCGCAGAGCGCUGCAGUGAGGGCCGGAGAGGCGCCGCGGGCCCAGCCUCCUCCCUGAGGGCCGAUGGAGAACAACAGACUGUUUGUUCUUCACCUACAAACUCAGUAAGGUCCUGUUUGAGGGCAGCACUGCCCCCCGGUGGCCAUCUGAUGGUACUGCAGCCACCAGGACUGAAGAGCUGGUGACAUCGGAGGAGCUUUGCUGCGACGUGAUUUCAGCUUUCAUUUUCCUUUUCUGACUUCAUUAAAGUAGAAAACAUUUUUUUAAAAUGCAGCCGGCAGCUUCUCACAAACUCUAAAGUGUCUGAAAAUGUCACGAAAGCCAAAGAAAAGCUUCAAUCUCCAGGAAUAUUGGGCCCAGAAUGUGGAUGAAAAACUCUGUACAUAAGGAAGUAAACAUAGCCUCACAUGUUUCCUAUCACCAGAGGAACAUUGUAAAUAAACAAACGGCUCUCCAGGGUUACAAAUCAUGGUUAUUUGGUGUCAUGCAGUAUUUAAAGCGGCAGUAUGUAACAAAUAUAUAAAAAAUAUUCUACAUAUUUGUUAAAACUGUCAUCAUGUCAUGAGUUUCAUAUGAGACAGAUAAUCUGAAAGCAGAGGAGCCGUUUUUUCAGAUCGUCUCACAUCAUGGUGUCACAACAUAGUGACAGUUUCAAUAAAUAUUUAAAAUAUGUUUUGUGUAAGUUAUAUACCUUAAAUAUCAAAUUUAAAAGUCAAAGCUCAGUUUUCAUGUCGUUUCCUUCAGUGGUUCUUGCUGCAGCGCCCCCACAGGCGCGGAGGGGAACAGGAUUUUCAAACUGACUGCAGUGUGAAGGCGAACCAGAGCAGCUGAAAAUGUACCAAUGUUUUUAUUUUGGUUCCCAGUCGAACCGAGUCCAGCAGACCGUCAGCUUGAAGCUGAACCCAGUUUGUUGGUUUCAUUUUCUCAAACCUUUUUGGAGAACCAACCCCAGAUCCUCAGUGUCAACAUUUUAAUGUUUGAGUUAUGAGCCUUGUGGCGCCAUUCAUCAUGCUGGAUAAUCAUGGAUGGAUUUUUAUUUUUUUUGAAGAAGUUGCUCUACCUUUAACUUUUGAUCCAACUCAAUCUCGGGAGGAAGUCUUCCUCAGAAAAGAACCAAUCAUGGAUUGCAGACAUCGACUUUUCCACCCUUGACGGCUCAUUUUCAGAAUCUCUUCUGUCCUUAACGGAGCAGAAACAGAAGUUUUCACCCGUCUGUCUGCAGAUCUGCUGCAAAUGCUGAGCAAGCUCUGCACUGGUGGCAACAUGAAUGACUGCAGAAGCUUCCAGAGGAUUCUCUGCAGCUCAGAUUCCCAACUUGAACUUCUUGAGGAUCCAGAAACUUUCCUCCAGCUGCAGCGUCGUCGUCACUGUUUUAAUGCAAACACAUCAGCAAUCUGCUAACUAGAUGCACAAGUUUCCAGCUGAACUCUUCCUGAAUGGAGUUGGAUUCAUUUAGUAUCAAGUGAAAAUAGUUUCAGUAAACGUUUAACAAUGGAGCGUUUUGCAAUUACGAGACAUUUUCUCAACCUGAAGCUGUAAAUGUCACAGAUUCGAGCCUGGAGCUUCUGCUGCAGCCAUUAAAUGUUUAAUGUCAUUUCUCAACAAAUUAACUUCCACCAGGUUCAUAACUGAUGAAUAUUACAGAGCAGGUGUGUUACCUACCGUGAUCGGUUAAAUAAUCGGUUUUUGUAAAAGAGUUCAAAUAUUUUACUGACUCAAAUGGGAGAAAUGUACAAAAACUGACUUAAAACCUGCACAUUUCCUUCUUUUCUUUUCAUAAAUGACUUACCAAACAUUCUCAGAGCAGUCAAAUGUUUUCAGGAUUUUAACACUUUCAAUGCCGGUUUCAAACAAAAAAAAAGUCCUGAAUGUCAAAUUAUCAACAAAAUACAUUUUACUGCAUUAUGUAAUCAAAACCUCAUUGAUUUCCAUCAAUACAAAAAUCUGUCGCACUGUAAAAACAAAAUCUAAAGUGUUUAGUUUUUACUGCAAAUAACUUGUUGCACUUGAAUUAAGACUAAUAGUAACUUAUCAGAAAUACAGGCUCGUUUCAAGUCCACAAUUCUUGAAUUUAGAUGGAAAAAAUAUUAGAUUCUUUCACUUGAAAUGGGAAAAAUGUGUUGAGUGAAAAACGCCAGUGUAAUUAGUCUUAAUCUUAAGUGUAAUACUUAAGAUUAAGUUUUUUAGUGCAGUUCAGUGUUUCAUUAUGAAGUGAUAUUAGAAAUAAAAUGCCUGAUCAUGGAGGUGUGACCACCAGGGGGCGCCAGAAGUUUGAAUAUUCAGUAUUUUUCAUAAAGUUUCCCACAGAGCAGAUCCAACGUCUUCAGUUAAAAACUUUCUGAUUCCACCUGAAUGUACUUUGUGUUGUAAAUAUUUUUUAAACAUGUAAUCUUGUAUUUCUGAAUGUAAAUGUGGGAACAUAUAUGCGUUUGUAUGAUGCAAAUAAAAACAUUCGCACUUUUUCAGCUGUUGUGAUAAAUUGGAGGAAAAGAAAACAUUGGGAAAAAUAGCUUUUAUUUGGCUUCAUUUUAGAAAAAAAAAAUACAAUUACAAGUCAAAGCAUGGCGUUUUGUUUCCAAUCAUUAUUCCACUUUAAAGGGAGGAAAAACUUUGACAUCAACAGAUUUGGGUAAAAUUUGAGACGUUUAAACAGGAUGAGCAUCUUUUCUGUCUGAAAAAAUGAUAACUUCUCUAUAUAAAUCAUAAAAACAUGGUGAAAACUAGAUCUUUGCUCUUUCAAAUGGAGGUCAUGGGGUGUUUUUAGAAGGUUGCUGAGGCACUUUAUGGUUUUAAAAAUAAUAUUUUUGGCCUGAAUGACAAAUCAGACAAAAAAAAAAAAAUCCAUCAAGUAUUUUCUGUGCUGAUAAACAUGGAGUAUAAAUGCAUAAAGCUGCCAAACUACAGUACAAAUCUACCUGCUUUGCAUACAUGCUGCAGACCUCUAAAAGCAGCGCAUAAAGUCCAAAAUCCCCAAAAUAUUUCUAAAGAUGCAGAGUUCAACUGGAAAAAAGAAAAGAAAGAAGACCUUGUGACCAGUUUUACAGAGCGACAAACCGAGGAGGAGGAGGAGGAGGAAGGCUGACCGUCACAAGACCGAAGAAUCAUGUGAGCACAAAGUUUUUCCUCUGAAGGCAAAUUUAACUGCUGCCUCCAGCAGCUUCCUGUUUGUUUUAUUCAAAUAAAUCCAGGGAAGAAAAUUUAUAUUCUCAGAUUAGAAUCACUAGAAAUUAAAACAUCCAGAAUGAAAACUGGUUUCACUGGGUUCACAUGCAGCCCAGCGAAGGGAAGGACUGGAUCCAAAGGGACGGUGGCAUGUUGAGAACAGAAAGGAAAAGUGACACCCGGCAGUUUCUGGAGCAUCCGACAGUCAGACAGCGGCUUAAAGCUGCAGUACGCAACUACACUU